UCCGCGAGGUAGACUAGAUCUAGAAAUAGAUCAAUAUCAUCUCCGUUUAUAAGGCAGUUUUUUUUCCUUCAAAUGCUUUCGUCACCUCACUUCGUACAUAUGUACUAUGGCCUUAUCAAAGAAAGAGAUGACAACACGGAGUGAACAAGUAGAAGAGUUAAGCCACAGGCAGGAGUAGAAUCUAGAUCUAGAUCCGGAUUCUAGAUCCAUUAGGACGAAAGUAACCUGCAGCAGCGGAGACUGAUGAAGAAAACGUCAGCAACACAACAUGGGGGAGGGCGGGGCACAACACCAUUGUCAACGCCGACUGAAUCCAACAGACAGAGCGAUCAUGAUGAAGAAGUACAAGAACAAAGCAAUUGUUUCUCUUCCUCCUCCUUGUCCUCCCCCUCCUCAGUUUCUUUAGUCUCGUUCCGUGGACGGAAUGGUCGAGAGACUGGCGAUGAGGCACAUGGCAGGAACACCUCACAGAAUGCAAAAAGACCCGUGCCAGGCCACAGCAGAAGUGCCGAGACCGUACCGCGCGUGUUCGGAAGUCACAGGCUUGAGAGAGUCCAUCGGAGAGCAGUGGCCAGCAGGCGUGCCCCAGGCACAGAUUCGAUCCCUGUUCUUUCAGGACACGUAGCAGGCAUCCACAGGUCUGGCAGUCAUAGCGUGGGCGCACCACGCACAACUGGGCACAUGCGAGGGUCAAAAAGUUGCACCAAAGAGUGCGAGGUGCUUCGAGCAAACUACAGCAGCCAACCACGCCCCCUGUCAAACACCCCUCAAGGUGGGUGGAGCUUGAUCACCGGUGCAUACGGUCGAUUGUACGCAGCACUUGUUCACGGCGGCGAGCAAGCGUUGGACAGUGCUCGUGAAACAGAGAGUGCAGGCUCUAGCGUGAGCGCUUGUCCCGGGGAGAACAGUUUCGACGAUGAUACAGAUAUCCUGGUCGCUGAGGACAAUUACAGCGAUGAUGAUAAUAACAGUAGAGAUGAUACUGGUAAGGGUAUUGAUAAUGACGUUGAUGAAGACAACGAUGUGACAGGCGAGGGGAGACGACAACUUGAAUAUGCAAAAAAUGCAAAGGUCAAUGAAGAAGAUCAAAAGUUAGAAAAAUCUCUCGAAGGAUCAACGGCUGGCGAAGGUCUACAGAGAGUUAGCGGGCGGAGCUGCGCUCUCUGGAACAAUUUCAGUCAUGGCGGUGAAGCAGGAAGACCUGUUAGCGCAGAUGACAUCAUCACUGUAUGGCAGGCAUCUGGAUACCGAAGGGAGCUAACUCUGAACUUGAACACCGAUGAUAGGCCCGGUUCGGUGACGUCAUCCGAUUCGUCGAGAGCUACGGUUGAGCAUAUGGUGAGCGUAAGCCCAACGACUACUGGGAAUGUGGGUAAUAUUUCACCGCGUAAAUACGACAGGAAUGUCGUUAGUUCUGAAGAAGGUAUGCGUUAUCGUACCUCAGCGCUUACAGAUUCGAGGCCGUCUGUCUCUGGUGAGGGCGAAAGACCUCUUUGUUUCUAUACAUCAGGGCUGGGAUGCAGCCACGAGACAGAUCACGCUACCACCGAGGAUGAGAGCUCUGCUGUUGGGGGGAGUAACUCCUCCUCCCAGAUUUCUGAUAUCAUCGUCGUGCCAACAACGUCACGUGAACACAUUGACGGGCGGACCAAAAGCGACGCUGGUAAAUGGGAUAGCUGCGGUAGCCAACGGACAGGAGAUCAAACUACGUCCUUGCCAACUCCCGGUGCAGAAACUGGCGAUAACAGCGAAGGUGUUUUGAAUUCCACUGUUAAAUCAAUUGCUACUUGCGAUAUAGACAGUAAUAACUCCGAAAAGGUUAUUACAAUCAUGAGUUCGGAUGAUAAGGAUGUUGCACAAUAUAUUGAGGAUGCCAGUCCUAAUGUCACUGACGUCGGUACAAAUGUCGGUCCACAAGUCACGGAGGACGACCCUUACGUCAAGGACGUCGAAAGUCACGACCAUACCUUAGAGAUAGGUCAAGGUCAAACGCUACCUGUCACAUCAGCAAUCUCCGGAUGUUGCGUCACAGCAGAGGCGAUUGAUUGCCACUCAGCAGAGAGUGUCUGUCCUUGCGUAACGACUGCGUUAGUUUUGAACGCAGCGCAAGGCAAGGUAAAAGGGUUUUACAGUUCUAGUCGCGACGACCAGAUAUCAUGCGAUAAGGUGAAGGAACAGCCAGGCGGAGAACCAGUUGUUCAGGAGUGUCAGCUCAAUAGAAACACCAGCAGUGACGAGGCACAAGAAUGCCAAGGCGUAGCCAAAGGCCAGGAGGGUCAAGCAAAGCUGUUUCGAGAAGAGGAGGAAAAGGUUAGAAACACGCCUGAGCCUUCGAGUCAAACAUUAUCUUCAGGUUGCCCCGACGUUCGAGAUGCUGUGGGUGCCCAAGGCGUGGUGAGUACUACCAUACCCACAACGAGUGGAGAAGAAACUGGGUUUUGGCAUGCUGCAAGAAUGAAAGAACUGGGUUUGCCUUUUGAUGGUGAAGUGGGCAACCAAUGUUCAGCGGUUGACGCCUGGGCAAUGAAAGAUAAGUCGAGGAGUGAGGACCAGGCCAGGACAACAGAGGAAUAUCCCGCUAUCAACGAUACAAGCGGCAAAGAGUCUCAUGACACCGAGGCAGGAGAAAGCAAAAAAAUAACAGAACAACAGCCGCACAUCAAGGCUACACCUGUGGUAAAAGAAUCCCAAAGAACUAAAACGCCUGACAAAGAAUCUGAAACUAAAGGAGCGUCAUGCUGUACGGAAAGACCUCAUGACGCAAAAGAGGAAACCACCACAGUAAGUAAAUCUGUUUCUCCAGAAAGGGGACAUGACCGAGCACGACUAGUUUCUCCUUGCUUCGGAAAUGUUGAAUACGCAGCGUUCUACCAAGCUUUGAAACGGCGCCCUAAUAAAAAAAGGAAUCCUGUUCAUUGCCAGCAUAGGGCACGACGAAGCCCACGACCUCGAAUGAUUCCUCCAGAGGUAUGCCAGGUUCCAGAACAAAAUGAAAGAAAGGAACUGGAUAGCAUUUCUCCCAUCUCUGGCCGGCUGUGUCCGAUAGGAAAAGAAGUGCCUCCAGAUUGGAAGCCAGGGGAACACGGUUCAAAUCCCAUCACGCAGCUCAGCGCAAAAUACCAACUAAGAUCACCUCGGAAAAGACAACGUAAACCAGUUCAGAACAGGGGGUUUGGUCGUACUUUCGCGGGGACGUCGCGGCCACGUGCCGGGUCCAGACACCACCAGCAACGAACACCAAGAUCGGCUCUGUCCGAAGUCCCACAUCUUAGUUCUAGUGAGUCCAGGCUACCCACUGCCAAAAUGCCAUCGCUUAGACGGUGCGACGAACUUUCUGUCAAGUCCCCGCCUGUGGUAUAUAGGGAAGUCUACAGUUCCACAUUGGAUGACGACUCGGAGACAGACGAGGCUUGGCCCCAGUCAAACCAAGGUCUCGGCACUGUGGAUUCAAAGGGUGAUUUUGAGUCCAAGAGAAGGUACUUUGAGAAGCUAAAGAAAAAGAGAUCAGGCACCCACGCCAGUCCAGACACAACUCGGGAAACGAAAAGGCCCGGUGAAAAGUCCAUCACGUCAGAAGUAAACCUGCUGAAAACGAUUGACAGUUACUACCAAGAGGAAGAUCGCGGGAAGGACGCAGAGAGCAGUGGUUCUGACAACAGUAGCUUGGCCUCUUUCUCAACAACGCAAUCCAAAGUCCUUAAGAAGAAGAUGCAGAACAAGUCGAGUCAUAAGCAGCGGAAAGGAGCAUCUUCCAGCCCCCGCCUACCUUCUCCUGCUGUACUGACCUCCGUGACUGCCCCCAAGUUGAGCGCUGCGCGAGUCCGCAUUAGAAAGAUCAGCCAAGUGGCACCAUCUGUCAUAGACCAUGGGCGUGCAGAAGAGCUGAGUACCUGGAAACCGUACAGUAGCACAGGGUGUGGUGUAGCUAGCAGGCCAAACUGGGAGUACGACCGGAAGGAAUUAGGCAAUAAUUUGGAGGAAAAGGGCAGGGAACGCCAGGCCGUAAAGCCAAGAGCAUCUCGGGUGACUUCUCCACUUCCAAGUGGUCGCAGGAGAUUUAGAAGGAGAGCAGGGCAUUUAAGGGAGAUCAAUAACUUGAAUGCAGCAGUUCGCUCCAACAAGACAUUGGGUGACGAUUAUGGCAGGUCACUGACAAUCUCGGCAAACUUGGAUCAUGGGUUAAGAUCUCCAAAAAUGAACUCCAGACGACCUGAUAAUCUGGAACUGAGUGUCCAGACUGGCCUUGACCGCAUGGAGGACAACGGUCAUCUAAAUUUAGAUGCGUUGCGUCUGAGAAGAAUAAAAUCCCAUAACGAGGUAUCUCCAGGGGCCGCGGUCAGCGGUAGUGCUCCUCACAAAGGUAAAGAAGUCUCCUGGGCCUCUGACCGGCUGUAUGAGGUCGGGGGUGAGACGAAGGGUGGGGUCGGGGGUGAGACGAAGGGUGGGGUCGGGGGUGAGACAAAGAGCGGGGCCAAAUCCAAACUAAGAGUGCGAUUUUCCGAACAGCCACCACCUUUAAAGAAGCGGACGCCUGAUCCUCCGAGCAAACUGUCCGAGGAAGACCAGUGGUGCUACACCAUCAAUGCCAUGUUGCUGCGCGCUAACAAGGCUCUAGAGGACGGUGACGAGGGAAAGAGAAGCACCCAUCGCUAUCCGCGGCCCCAAUCCGCCAAGGUGGUGUUGCCCAUCACCCACCGUCAGCCGCGGAGCACAAGUUUCCUGGGCGAACUGCUCAAGCAGGACCAACUCGAGCGAAGACAGGCCAGAAUCCAAGCAGCUGAAGAGAGACAGAGAAAGGGCUACAACAACUCAAAGUCUCUCACCAGUACAGUCCAGACAGCCAACAGCAACCAAGCCACAAGGAGAAAAAGCCUUUCCCCUCAAAGGCGGAACAACUCAAGUGGAAACAAUAUGUUCUCAGAGAUCCCUGAUGAGCUUCCUUUGGGAAGCCUCCCUUACAUCAGCGACGCUCGGACACUGGUGAGAACAUGCAGUUGUCCACAGCAGGACAGCAGUGCCGGUGUGCUAAAGAUCAGGACCAAGAUGUCGGCGGAGGCUCGCCAAAGAGCCUGGAUGGUGCAGAAGAAGAUGAUGAUGCGCCGCCCGCGUUCGCCAGAUCGUUAUUCCCCUCCACCGCCGUCAUGUCGACAUAACAACGCUGCCCCCAGGCGUGUCCAGCCAUUCCGAAUUGGAAAACCGAUUGACUUCACAAAUCCGGAUACAAAUGGUUUGGAAAGAGCCCCCCUCAGGUCUUUGAAAGAAGGAGGAGAGCAUGUGAGUCGGUGUGUCUCUGACUUAUUUCGUGUCAAAGCAAGCAGUAAUAAUACAGCGACAUCUACUAGUCUACACGCUCUCUCCAAAAGGGAACCUGGAAACUUCCUUCUUGACCGAUAUUCAGACACGUUCAACUAUUACAGCUCGAGAUAUCUCGAUCAAAAGAGAUCUUCUGUGGUGCAAUUAUAUUCUAACGUGAACAACAACGCCAACUCGGAAACGAACGAACUCGGUGAAAAGAGCUCAGACAAAACUAGAAUACAGACAGCUAAGGAUGCGCCAGCUGUUCACGUACAAUUCUCUUCUCACAAACUGCCUGGAGUUAAAAAUGUUGAUUCCUUUUCACUCUCUUCGGAGACCACUGGCAGCCAAGGUAAGAGUGAUGAGAACGCUGGGGACGUCCAAGUCGUCUCGUGUGCCAAAGCCAUAUACUCAGAGAAUCCAUUAACACAGGACAAACACGUUCACAAUGGCCCAAAUUGUACCUCUGUUGCUAGCGUAAGAACAGAAAUCAAGGGACAAGGAGAUGAAGAGAGGGGUGAGAAUCUGACAAACACCAGGAUCUGUCUAUCUUCUGAAAUGACAUCUGCAGCAAACUGCAACUCAAUGCUUGUGGCAGCGUACACGGAUCCAGAUUCCUUGCCCGCGGAAGAGUUAACAGCACAUGCUAACCGGUCCCUACUUGAGCCGUGGAACGAACCUACCCUUAGGUCAGGCGUAUGGGACAAGAAGGGUAAAAGGACACCAGCAGUCUCUGGACCUGUCUGCUCUACGUCAGUGGAUUUCUAUAGAUUUCGAGACGCCAUGCUCCAAGAACUAUAUAAGCCUGCGCUUCCUGUGAUCUCCGAAAGAGACAAUUUAGAGGCAAACAAAUAUUGUGGAGAACAAUUGACGAUUCCUGAAGUAAAAGAAGUUAGUGUGAGAACUCUUCUUGACUUGGAGAUUCCGACCAUGGGUCCGUCGACCGGGAAAGUUGUGGAAACCGUUGGAGUAUCCGCGGAGUCUUCCUCGUUGCAGUUAAUGAAGGAGGAAGCCGAGAAGGCCUAUAGAACGGCCACGGGGUCGUUGGACAAUGAUGCUCGAGGAGGAGAGGAGGUCAUGAAGAUUUGGCUUCCGCCUGCUGCUCACUCAAGACUCCGAAGUAAGACGAGUGAGGAAUUUCGUGCGCUUCAAGUUCUCCCCGAAGACGCCGUGCUCGUGCUGCGCAGCUUUGAAAACAAGAGACAAACCCUGCCAACGAACAUUCCUAAUCCAUGCCCCUCUGAGUUGUGUGUAGAGCGACAGUCAACAGUUUUUGAUAACGACAAUGCCCCCGUGUUGAGUGCCCCACAAAACUCAAGAGAGCCGUCCACGACCAGCCUCGAAUUGAUCAAAAUGAAUGCGGAUCAAAUCUCAUCGGACGAUGAUCAUCAGCUACAACUCCUUCCCAGAACCACCAGGUGUCAGCACCAGGUUUGUGAGCCUCACCGCUGCGCUCAGUACAGCCACUCCCAGAUGGUCAGACAGCGGUUGAUGAAUCAGCGAAGACCUGCGCCUCUUCAGCAAAAUGUGGACAGCGAUGAAGCGACGUUGAGAUGUAAGCCUUUAGGAUUGUCUGGCGAGCCCGUGAAACUACAAGCCAAACCUUCGAACACAGCAGUGCCAAAGAGACAUGACGGAAGAAAGGGAGACAACAAAGAAGAUCAGGGAAGUCAGGUGUGUGUAUCGAAGCAAAUGUUCCCUUCAUCGAAGCGUAACCCCACUAAAGAAACCGUCGCCUCUGCCCCAGUCCCUCUCAUGAACACGGCACGUCCUGUUGUCGUUUGUUCAAGAACGACCAGCAAAAGGCUGCCAUAUUUCUCCAAGCGCUGUAAAAGGUACCAGAAAGCUGGCGCCGGUAGCAGGGCGUUUAAGAGAAAGUCCAGGAAGAACAACGCUAGGUUCAGGCGAAGGUCUGCCAGGGGGGAGAAGAGGAAACGGGUCCGCACGCCUUUCCCGCGGAAUUGGUCGUCCCGACCCGCUGGCCGCAUGGCUCGGGGUCGUUCUCCUUCUUCGGCCUCCUCCACCUGGGCAGACGUAUUCAACGAGGCCUGGGAACAUUCCGUCUUCUACCACACCGCGGUGGCCGACUCGGAGCCCGGCCCAGGUCGACAGAACAUUCCUUGUAAACGGCCCAGGGACAGUUGGCACAGCACUCAGCUUUUGGACAUUCCGCGUCCCUCGGUUGAUGACGUCACAAAGACGAUGAGGCAGGGAAAUGAUCCGUUUCCUGCCGGGUACGAAUCUAGCUCUCAGGUCUCUGGAUCCGUGGUUGAAUUUUCACACUCAGAAAAGAUAUUCACAGUAAACUGCAUUAGUCCUGGCCUCUACUCUCUAGAAGACUCGGGCAACACCGAAUCACAAGUCAGAGGACUUCCUCCAGCCGCCCCGCUAAUCAACAUUGCCAGGCUUGUUGAAUACGAACCUCGGAGCCUCGCCUUUGCUUUGAGAAGCCAAAGACUUCUCCUAGUGGGCGAAGCCUGUUUGUCACGUGAGAAAGCUAUCCAAUCGCUACUGCAUAUCAGAGACGCAGGAAAGGGCCGAUCACUCAGUUACUUCCUUGAGCUUCUUUUGAGUUGGGACCCAAAGGAUUUAUUCCUUGAGCCCUACACUCAAGGUGCAGCCCUAUGUCAUGCCCCUACCUUUCCUUCUUUGAUACCAUCAUAUAGAAGAAAACUAGAACCACUAUCGUCGUCCCCCUUUGAGCGUCAACAGCAGCAACAACAACAGCAACAACAACAACAACAACAACAACAACAACAACAACAACAACAACAACAGCCCCGGCAGCAGCAACAGCUGUUACACCAGCAGCAGACGAAGCAACAACAACAACAGCUGUCUUCACAGAAGCAUGGGUCUAGCACGCACAGUCCCCAGCCCGUAAAACAGCGUUCGCUUUUGUCUCUGCACCAGACAAGCCACUUUGCCAACGCACCUAUGACAUUCGAUAACCAUGUUCAGGCGAACAAGCUGAUGGCAGUUGGUGGGUCCUCCUCAAAACACCCAUCACUUUGGCUUGGCGAGCAAGAUCUCAACGUGCCCCAUAAGAAGACGCAGUUUACACUUUCAACAGCAUGCAUACGUUGUGGCGCCCACAUGACUUUCUCGGAAGCACCACCCCAACAACUGACUGUCCACUCCAAAGUUCACAUGGGAAAUCAUAGCAGUGAUAACCAAUGCUCAAACAGCAGCCAAGGGGACACAGCGGGUCGAGGGUGGACUGUCAGCAAAAACGGCCUCGCUGUACCGAGAGUGACACGUCCUGGUAAGAGACACAGACUACUGCCGCUUUCUAAAGAGAAUAACGCAUCCCUCGAGAAACCUCUACCACAGUGGAUAACUGGUCAUUUUUUCAGCCAUUUAUCCAGUAGGCUUCCGGCCAUCAGACAACGCACACCAUUGCGACCUUCAACCUCUGCGCCAACCCGCAAAGGAAUGAGUUGCGCCACCAAAAAGAAGUCUAAAAAUAAGCCAAGAGCACAAGGUAUUGACCCAAGCUUAGAAGACCAAAGUAAAGAGAAGAACAUUUUCCACACCAAAUGGGGUGUCCAUCACCAGAGAAGAUUGCAGUUUACGAAAUCAGAUUUUUCUGGUUGGAGUAACGUAAUGGACUCUCAGGCCCUUGAAGCGAGCUCCUCUGGUCUCCACUACCCAGCCCCCGGCCAAUCCCUGCACACAGACAGGCCAACUCUCCCUAUCCUCCCAGUUCUGCCCCCGCCCUUCCCCAUGCGCAGACGCCGUAAAUCAGCAGCAAGUACCAACGUCACCAAAAAACGUAUGGCGAACUCAGCAGCGCUCAAAUGUCACAACAGCUCACCGUUCUGGGUCAAAAAGAAGAAGCCGGGAGCACAAAGGAAAAAGCAAUCGCCCUCGAGCAGUGGUUCGGGGAGUGACAGUGGCAGCAAUAGCAACAGCACUAGUAGCAGUAGUAGCAGUAGCAGCAGUAGCAGCAGUAGCAGCAGUAGCGAGAGCGACUCUGAGAGUACUGUAUCCUCCUCCUCUACCUCACCCUCGUCAAGUUCAUUAUCGUUGGCUGCUAACCGUACUAAGCGUUUCCGUCUCAAACCCCGUACUCUAGAAGGAGGUCCACCCACUAGUCUCAAAGACAUUUUCCAACGCACACUGCCUCAGAGACACAUCCCUGUUCUUCUCCAACAGAAGCUAGCGUCGCUACUCUCUGGCGACCCAGGAGCAGCACCCAAGUCUUUUGCUGGUCUUGACCUUGAAGGUAUUCAAAAGCGUCUCAUGGGUCUGCUGGGCACCACUGCCGCUGUCAGAACUCAAGCGACGCCGUGUGUCGGGGCCUCCGAUUACGACAUGUGCGCAGACGCCGGGGAGGCACGAGACAUGUGGAGUUACUGCUUCCCGGACCUCUACAGCGGGGACAAGGCCAGACGGAAGAGAUUUCGUAAGCUGAUUGCUAGAGUCUGAUGCUGAUCUCUAGCGGGCGAUGCACACUGAUUGGGAAACUGAAACUGAAAUUCCAUGGGGCAAUAGCAUUACCCGCAACGAUUUCGUAAUUAAGGAAAAGAUUAUUAAAUAGUUUUGAAAGAUGUGACCAAAUUACCCAAAUUCGAAAAUUCGAGCUAGAGCUAGAUAUAGCAAAAAGUAAACGACAUAUCCAUUGGUGCAGUCAUGAGGUGAUGUCUUGCGGUGAUAGGGAUAAGACCAGACACAGAAAUGUUAAAUAAAAUAGUAAGUCCAACGCUCGGGGUGCAGGCAUGUUAUGAGGGUGUAGUGGGGCACCAAAGUAAAAAAUAACUUGAGGUUCAACUGAUUGAAUGAACUCAUUGCUACAAAAAGUUGUCAUGAAAUAGUCAUAGAGACGCUGAAAUAAAAAAGGAGUGUGUGGGUGGUUGACAUGAGAGUAAGCACUCAUAUCGUAGGUGGCAGGCAUGGACAUUUUCCGAUUGUGCUUACAUCGUAACAAAAUAUUUCGAAAUGAGUAGAGUUUUUUGCUAAAAAUUUUGUAGGAAACAUCUUUACUUUGUUUGUGAUAGGAAUUUUGAAAAAAAAAAACCCACUUAAAAUUAUAAAGUUUUCGGAACAAUAAAUUGAACAGUGGAGUUCAGAGUAAGCGCACGCACUCAAUUAUGUGUAUGUGAGUAUGUACGUG